ACAAAACGAAGAGAUGUCAAACAGCCCGUGCUGCGCAUAUGUGCGGCGUGAGUUCCAGCUGAAGUACUUGGGGUUUGCCGAUGUCCAUCCACAUAGGUUUUGUUUCUGGCAGUGGAGAGUACCCCCCCUUGCGGUCCUCGUGUACAGAUUUAUUUUGGCAGCCUACACAGUGUUUUGGAUUAUCUACAGCAGCUCGUUUGGCAGCAUUGUCAUUAACGAUGUGAAGGUCUCCAUGUAUGCAUUCUUGACAACAUGGACAUACCUUGUUCUGACAGUGUACUUGGUGCUACACUUUUUGUUGUCUCUAUUCUAUAUUUGCAAACACCCUCGUAGACUGUGCAGCAGACUAUCCAGUGAGAAUCACAGAAGAUUGUUUCAUGAGCUUCACGUCCAACCGAGCCUGUGGACGUCAAGUCAAGAAUAUGACUACGUUCCGGGAGCUGAAGAGAGCCAAGACGUUGAAUUUAUCAAUAACGUUACACCAGGAUUCUUCGCCAAGAUCGUCUGGAUUUUAUACAACAUAGCUUCAUGUGCAUCAAUUUUGGUGACAAUAAUAUUUUGGUCACUUCUUUUUCCGUAUAUGAAAUUAGAUGGAUUUGAAUUGAUGCUUAAUGUCCAGUUACACGCAAUAACCUCAGUAAUUGUUCUGAUUGAGAAUGUCAUCUCGGCCGUUCCCAUAAGACUACCACACAUGUUCUAUACAGUCUUAUACGGGGUUGCCUAUCUGAUCUUUGCCGGCGUAUAUUAUGCUGUUGAUCAUAGGCACAUAUUGUACCCACAUGUCCUCGAUUUCAGUGAUCCAAAAUCUACAGCCAUUGUUGUUACUGUUACUGUUUUGGUAAUUCUACCCUUGAUUCAGUUGUUUUUAUUCUGUCUGUAUAAGUUGAGAACAUGGAUUUUUGAUAAAUGCUGUCCUGAAGAAUUGUAAUCACGAUAUACAAUUUUCGAAUUCCCUUUCAUCGGUCAUAGCAAUUUUUACCAGUUGGGAAAAUUUUAACACCUUUAAAACCUGGCAAUUGUUCGUUUAAUUUUGGACAAAGCUUUCAGGAAAAUGUGUGAAAUUAUGACCUGGAGGUAAUUGUAAGGGUUUUGCAAUAUGAUUUGUGUAUUUGGGACUGGCAAUGGUGCUCGAGUCCUCAACUGAUUUAGGUUAUGAUCCAUCAACAGUAUAUUUUAUAUGAAAAGUAGAAUGAAUAAUAGUGAUGUUCCAAUGAUCAAUUAUAAUCGAAAAUCGAUUGGUUGGGCCUGAAAUCUGCGACAAUCGAUUGUAUUUGGUUAAAAUCGAUCAUCAAAAAAAAAAAUUGAAAAAAAUAUUAGUAAGUGUUUAGACGUUAUCUUUAACAAAAUGGUAGAUGAAAGCCACAAUGAGCAAGUAAAAAUGAACUAUUUUUGAUAUAACACUUAAUUACUUCAAUCAUAGACAUAACGUAUAUAUAUGUGCAUAUAAUGAUUAAGAGUUUAAUAAUGUGCAUGAAUAAAACUUCACUUUAGGUUUUAUCUAGUAUUUUAAAAAAACGAUUGUACUAUCGAUAAUCGGUUACUUGAGUGGAACCGAUUAUCGAUUGUAAAAUUGGAACGGAUUCCCAACACUAAUGAAUAAUGAGUACAGUUUUACUGGAUGUGAAUUUCAGAUGCCUUUUGACCCCAUAUUAUUUUGAAAGGGGUUUUUAAUUAGAGAAAGAAUAUAUGUAAAAAAAAAAAAUAUACUGAAAAAUAUGAGCAAAAAUUACAAAUAUUUUUUCCUGGACUUAAAAUUAGGUAAUUCCACGCUGGAUUUCAGUUAAGUAACAAGGAAAGAAUCAAAUUGCAAUAAUUUUGUCUUAUUAAGUUAUUUUCGGUUAUCUAUUUUAUAUAUAAGCUAUUAGCAAAUAACAGCCUUUCAAAUGAUAUCAAACUAAUCUGACGUCACAAUGCGUUAAAAAUAAACAUUAUUAUCAAUAGCACGAUGGAAUGACAUGCUUUAUUGUACAUUCGAUGCCUUUAACAGUUCAACAAUUACUCUUAAUUUUUAGAAUGCUGUAAAAGGAGCAUGCAUUUUUGUGUGAGAAAUUAUGAACUAUGAAAUACUCAAAUUUGAAUUAGAAUACUAGCAUUCUAUUUUGUAAAUUUUGUAGUAAAAUAAGAAAGUGUAUAUUUUAUAGAGAGGCUAUACUGUUUUAUUGUUAUGAUUUGAAAGAGUAAAGCAGAAAUGUUAUACUAUAAAUGUGUAGCAUUUUUCAUCCAAUUUGCAGUUCUGUUUUGUCUUUUAAAUUCGAAAUCAGUAAACAUCACUGAUCUGUAAAGAUCAAUGAUUGAUCUGUAAACAUCACUGUUCUGUAAAUAUAUCUAAUCUUUAAAUGUCUUUGGGCUAUAAUUAUAUUUUAUCAGUAAAAACAUAACUGAUAUGUUAAAUUUUUUAACCUGUAAACAUUUUUGAUCUGUAAACACCACUGUUUUGUAAGCAUUUUUGAUCUGUAAACAUCACUGAUCUGUAAACAUUUUUGAUCUGUAAACAUUUUUGAUCUGUUAACAUUUACUAAUCUUUAAACAUUAAUGGUCUUUAAACAUAACUUAUCUGUAAACUUCCUUGAUAUUUUAAAUCUCUGUACAUCACUGAUCUGUAAAAAUAUCUGAUCUGUUGAAAUAUUUGUAAACAUCACUGAUCUGUAAACAUUAUUGGUCUGUAAAUAUCACUGAUCUGAUCUGUAAACAUCACUGAUCUGUUAACAAUACUGAUCUGUAAACAUCACUGAUCUGUAAACAUCAUUAAUCUGUAAACAUCAUUGAUCUGUAAACAUCACUGAUCUGUAAACAUAAUUUGUCGGUAAACAUCAUUGAUCUGUAAACAACACUGAUCUGUAAACAUCAUUUGUCUGUAAACAUCAUUGAUCUGUAAACAUCAUUUGUCUGUAAACAUCAUUGAUCUGUAAACAUCACUGAUCUGUAAACACCAUUGAUCUGUAAACAUCAUUUGUCUGUAAACAUCAUUGAUCUGUAAACAUCAUUUGUCUAUAAACAUCAUUGAUCUGUAAACAUCAUUUGUCUGUAAACAUCAUUGAUCUGUAAACAUCAUUGAUCUGUAAACAUCAUUUGUCUGUAAACAUCAUUGAUCUGUAAACAUCACUGAUCUGUAAACAUCAUUGGUCUGUAAACAUCACUGAUCUGUAAACAUCACUGAUCUGUAAACAUGAUUGGUCUGUAAACAUCACUGAUCUGUAAACAACACUGAUCUGUAAACAUCACUGAUCUGUAAACAUCAUUGGUCUGUAAACAUAAUUUAUCUGUAAACAACACUGAAAAGAAAACCUCAAUUCUCUGUAAACAUCAGUGAUCACUAUAUAUUAUUGAUCUGUCAACAUCAUUGAUGUGUCACCACUAUUUAUCAGUAAAUACCAUUGAUCUGUAAACAUUUUUGAUCUUUAAAACAGUUUCAUGUGAGUGACAUUUGCUUUUCUGUUGUUUAAAGUUCUUAUGUAAUUUCUUCCAAGUCGGGCCCAACGCUUUACUGUACAUGUGAACUAUUGCAAGAAUGUACAAACUAUUUUUAUUGAAAAUGUAUUGAUUUUUAUCACAAAUCGUUACAAAUUAAUUAUAAAUGUGUCUAUAUAUAAAUUUUAAUUUCCUGGCAAAUGUUAUAUCAAGUGUUCGUCUAAAUUCGUUGCAUUUUUGGGAUGGUAUACAUGUAGCUAUUUAUGUAUAGUACUUAGACAUAUACAUGUACAUAGGUGAGAUGGAAUAUGCACAAUACCAGACCCUGUAUUUUUAACAAAACUCUUUUCAACAACCGUAACUCAGAAAAUUUAAGGUUAUUUUAACAUUGUUUUAAUUGAAUUGUUGAUGUGUUUAAACUUUUAUCUGUAAUUUAAUGUCAGAUUGCUUUGUUUCUUUCAAACUUCCUUUUUGUAAAAUAUAUAAAAUCCAAUUAUUUGUGACAAAUUACAAGAUCGACAAAAGCUGUUCCAUUGUGAAGAUACUGGGUCAGUGUUUUUAUGGCAGUCUGUUAUUACAUGUAGUAUUUAUGUUUAA